AGAAUCCAUGCAUAUUCCUACAUCGAUCCCUUCUCUCUCCCAACAGAAACCUAAUUUCCCUCGAAAUAAAUCAAAAUCCCAAUUUCCAGCCAUGGUGGUUUUAUCCCAGCCCAUUCUCGACAGUUUAUCCAACCAGUUCAAAACAUGCAAGCCUGUUGCUUCAGACACCUUAGCAGAAAUCCCUGUUAUCGACCUCUCAAGCCCUAAUUCGAAAACCGACAUAGUCGCUGCCUGCAGCGAGCUCGGAUUCUUCAAAGUUGUUAAUCAUGGCGUGUCAAUGGAGUCCCUGAACCUUCUGGAAUCCGAGGUUGUCAAGUUCUUCGAAUUGCCCCAAACCCACAAGGACAGGUCCGGCCCGCCCAACCCCUUCGGGUACGGUAACAAACGGAUCGGGUCGAAUGGCGAUACGGGUUGGGUCGAGUACCUCCUCUUCUGCACCAAUCCAGAACUCAUCUCACACAGCCCCGCCGCCACUCUCCCAGAAAUCCCACAAACUCUCAGGCGUCUGGUGUACGAAUACGUGGGGGUGGUGAGGAGGCUGGUCUGCGAGGUCCUGGAAAUGAUCGCGGACGAGCUGAGAAUCGAGCCGAGGGAUGCUCUGAGCCGGCUGAUCCGGGACCACACGAGCGACUCGUGUUUCAGGCUGAACCACUACCCGCCAUGUACGGACCACCAGGCAUUGCUGUCCGGUCGGGACGUCGUCGGGUUCGGCGAGCACACGGACCCACAAUUAAUGUCGGUGGUCCGGUCCAACACCACCUCAGGCCUCCAAAUCUGUCUCAGGGACGGCUCAUGGCUCCCUGUUCCAUCCGAUCCCACCUCCUUCUACCUCAACGUCGGCGAUUCCUUACAGGUGAUGACGAAUGGGAGGUUCAGGAGCGUGAAGCACAGGGUGAUGGCGGGGGGUCUGAAAUCGAGGGUUUCGAUGAUAUACUUCGGGGGGCCUCCUCUGAGUGAAAAGAUCAGACCUUUGACCUCGUUAAUGGCGGAUGGUGAAGACAGCUUGUACGAGGAGUUUACGUGGUCGGAGUACAAGAAAUCGGCUUACAAUACGAGGUUGGGCGAUGACAGGCUGGCACUGUUCCAGAAAUCCAAAUCCAAUCCAUCGUAUUAGGUUCGACUGAUCAGUUAUGUAAUGUGUAUUAACGAGAAUAAUAAUCUCGGCGCGGCUGCGCUGCUCAUCGGAGUAAGACACGUGUCGUAUCUGUGUUAAGAUAGAAUUAAGAAUAGUGUGUGCGUUUGUUUCUGUUUUUUGGUUUUAUAUAUAUGUAGCCCUAUGGUAAUACGUUUCUUGAUUUUGUGUGAUUUGUUUUGAGUGUAAUUUGUGUAAUACGAGUAAAAUACAUGCACAUGCUAUGUGUAUGUUUUGUGUAAUAAUAAUAAUAAUAAUAAUAAUAAUAAUAGU